UAAAUUCAGAGCUGAGCCUCCCAUUCUCUUUUGGUCUGUCACUGCCAACAAGCACGUCAUCUUUUUGUCCUCUGGUGUUGUUUUUUUUUUUUUCUUUCCUCAUGCUGCUGGAAACGGUGUUUAGAUGAAGACCUACAGGGCUGAAACUCAAACACAGCCACAUUUCCCCUGACUUUGGUUUGGAACAGGCUCAGGAGGACAUCUGGGCCGAUUGUCUGGAACCUUCACCAGGCCUCAGGUGUGAAGAUACAGUUUACAAUUUGACUGAAGUGACGAAGGAAGGAUGAUUCAGGACGUGUUUUCAAAUAUCAUGAGGUUCUACGACUACCUCCUCAAAAGAACAGAUGCACGAGUACGUGAUUACCCUCUGAUGCAGAGCCCCAUCCAGAUGACUCUCAUCCUAGUGAGCUACGUGUGCUUCGUGCUGUACUGCGGGCCGCGCUACAUGGCCAACCGCAAACCCUACGACCUCAAAACCGCCAUGAUCAUUUACAACUUCUGCAUGGUGUUCUUCAAUGCCUACAUUGUUUACGAGUUCCUGAUGUCCGGCUGGGCGACGACGUUCACGUGGAGAUGUGACCUCAUCGACAUCUCGACCAGCCCGCAGACUCUCAGGAUGAUCCGAGUGGCCUGGUUGUUCUACUUUUCAAAAUAUAUCGAACUUCUCGACACUGUUUUCUUUGUGCUGAGGAAGAAACACAGUCAGGUGACUUUCCUGCACAUCUUUCACCACUCGGUUCUGCCCUGGAGCUGGUGGUGGGGCAUCACUCUGACCCCCGCCGGGGGGAUGGGCUCCUUCCACGCCAUGGUGAACGCCACGGUCCACGUCAUCAUGUACAGCUACUACGGCCUCGCCGCGGCCGGCCCGCGCUUUCAGAAGUACCUCUGGUGGAAGAAAUACAUGACUGCUAUCCAGCUGAUACAGUUCAUCGUGGUUUCCGUCCACAUCUCUCAGUAUUAUUUCAUGGAAAACUGUGAAUACCAGGUGCCCAUUUUCAUCCACCUCAUCUGGAUGUACGGCAUGUUCUUCUUCGUCCUCUUCUCCAACUUCUGGAUCCAGGCUUACAUCAGGGGCAAGCGGCUGCCGGCCGUCAACGAAGACAAACCCAAGCAGAACGGCCACGCUAACGGCACCGAGGAGACCACGAUACCCAACGGCACGCGCCUAGAGAACAGCGCUGUGCACUACACCAACGGGUUCGCUGUGAACGGGAAAGUAAAGGAGGUAUAAAGGAAGCGUGGGUGCAGCUAGCAGCAGCGGAGCUAGCUAGCACCAAGGACUCUGCGAGACGAGCAGGAUGAUGAUCAAAGUUCCUGGGUUUGAGGAUGUUGGUUGGUUUGUUUUUGUUUGUUUUUUCGUGAGAUCACACGGGAGAUGACGAAGCACGUGUCUGUUCACCUGCUUCGUGUGUGUGUGUGUUUCUUGUGCAUAUUUAUUUGUCCACGGUGGAUGAAGAUGUCCAGCUUCACAGACGUCACAUUGACUUUUGUGUUUUCAGCACGUAUGAUUCUCCCGUUUCUCGACACCAUGCAUCUGAAUCGGGUACGACUACUGUAAAUAAAUAUUUGUGCAAAGUUAAACGGUAUGGAUGGAAUGACUUUUUCUAUGAUGUGUAUAACUUAAAAAAUAAACCACUUUUAUAUUAAA